AAUAUUUGAUAGAAACUCUUUUGCUGUUCGAAAGCACGCAAAACAAAUGUAGCACGAAACAAACCCAUUAGACAUUUUUGUGGCCUUUCCUUUCCCCUUCCCUUGACAACCCCCAAAACCAAUAAAUCAAAACCCUAAUUUUCUGUCUCAUUCCAUGAAAAUCUCUCUCUAAUCUCUUAUUGGCCCAUCCAAACUGCUCUCCCUUGCCGUUUAAUUCUUCCUUUGCUUUCUCCAUUAGAAAUCCAACAUUCCAGAGUUUACUUGAAACCAAAAACCGCUCUUACCCGAAUUCGAUACAUGCCCAAAUGAUCUGAGAAAUCACUGCUUUGUUUCUUCUUAAUCAGUGAGGCAUACAGUAGCAAUGUCGGACGACAUGCUCAUACAUUUCUCGUCCAACUCCUCCAAUCAGUCCGACCAGUCCCUACCCACCAAGAUUGCCAAGCUCGAGGCCCGCAUGGUCGGCAAGGCCUCCUCAGUCCCUCCAGCUCAGCAACAGCAACAGCCACAGCCACAGCCGCCACAGCAGCUGCAGCCCGCUUGGCCCGCCAUUUCGUCGGCUGCCACCAAAUUUGUAGGAAUCGAGGACUUGGCUGAGCCAUCGAGCUCGAGUGACUCGGAUGAUGAUAAUGGAGGGGAGUUUCUAAUACAAGCCAACACACAAAAGCGCCAAAAACUUAAAGAAGACGACAACUCAACUCUUUUGGAAAGUGUUGAGGCAGUGGCUGAUGGGAGGCAAAUGGUUCUCGAAACCUUGAAUUCCAAAGCUAAUUCUGAUGUAAAUAGGAAAAAACAAGGUCGUGGAAGGGGGUCCUCUGUUUCUGGCCGUGGCCGCGGUUCUAGAAUUAAUGAUCAGACAAGAUCACAAGUUUUGGCUUCAACUGUUUCACCUUCAAAUGGUCAGCCUGAGAAUUCAUAUCCUAAGGAUAGCAGGCCCAAAGAGCAGUUUCAGAAUGAGAAUUGUUCCCAAUUAGAGGAGGAGGUUGCAUCUUUGCGUGCAAAAGUUGCCACACUAGAGGAGGAACUGCGUAAAUCACUUCAAGAGGUCUCUGAUUAUCAAAAUCUUUGCCGCCAAUUAGAAAAGGAAUUGAAGGACCUCAAAGACAAUGAUCAGCAAAUGAAGCCUAAGAGAACGAAAAUAGUAUCUGAUCUGCUGAUAUCUGUUUCAAAAGCUGAGAGACAGGAAGCUAGAAUGAAGGUACGGCAGGACUCUUUGAGACUCGGCAAUGUGGGUAUUAUCAGAGCUGGAACUGUCAUAUCAGAGACAUGGGAAGACGGGCAAGUGUUGAAAGAUCUCAAUGCUCAUCUUAAACAAUUACUCGAAGCUAAGGAUGCUGUUGAGCGGCAGCGGAAAUCAUUGAAGAAAAGACAGUCUGAUAAGGGCGAUGCAGCUGAUACUGAAAUAGGACUGCAAGAAGAAGAUUCUCUCAUCCAAGAUGAGAUCUAUAGAUCCCGUUUGGCCAGCAUCAAACGUGAGGAGGAAGUUAUUAUGCGUGAGAGGGAUCGCUAUGAACUGGAGAAGGGAAGGCUCAUCCGUGAAAUGAAACGUAUAAGAGAUGAGGAUGGUUCCCGUUUUAAUAAUUUUCAGAUUCUUAACCAUAGAUAUGCCCUUUUAAACCUUCUUGGAAAAGGAGGAUUUAGCGAAGUUUAUAAGGCUUAUGACUUGGUUGAGCAUAGAUACGUUGCAUGUAAGCUUCAUGGUUUAAAUGCCCAGUGGAGUGAAGAGAAGAAGCAAAGUUACAUACGACAUGCAAUUCGGGAGUACAAUAUUCACAAGACCUUGGUGCAUCACCACAUUGUUCGGCUUUGGGAUAUCUUUGAGAUUGAUCAAAAUACAUUCUGCACUGUCUUAGAGUACUGUAGUGGGAAAGAUCUUGAUGCUGUUCUUAAAGCAACGCCUGUAUUGCCUGAGAGGGAAGCUAGGAUUGUUAUUGUACAGAUAUUCCAAGGCCUUGUAUACUUGAACAAAAGAACUCAGAAAAUUAUUCAUUAUGAUUUGAAGCCUGGAAAUGUUCUAAUUGAUGAGUUUGGUGUUGCAAAAGUGACUGAUUUUGGUCUUAGCAAGAUAGUGGAAGAUGAUGUUGGAUCCCAGGGUAUGGAACUUACAUCCCAGGGAGCUGGUACAUAUUGGUACUUGCCUCCUGAAUGCUUUGAGCUUAGCAAGACACCGCUCAUAUCAUCAAAGGUUGAUGUUUGGUCAGCUGGUAUUCUAUUUUACCAAAUGCUUUUUGGCAGACGUCCUUUCGGGCAUGACCAGACACAAGAACGAAUACUGCGUGAAGACACAAUAAUCAAAGCACGCAAGGUUGAAUUCCCUUCUAGACCUGCUGUGUCAAAUGAGGCAAAGGAAUUAAUUCGCCGCUGUCUAACAUAUAACCAAGCGGAGAGACCAGAUGUUUUAACAAUUGCUCAAGAUCCAUAUCUCACAUACACGAAGAAGUAAAAGUUUGUAGAACUAGACAGGUAAGACUUUGUUUAACAUUGACGAAUGGAGAAAUUCCCCGGCAAUAUAUAUGGAAUUUUGUAUAGUUUGUAAAGGUUACUGGAAUUGUAGGUAGGGGGCCCUAUCCCCUGCUCCAGAAGUGAUGGUAUCCGGGGUUAGAUGUGUUGACCCUGUGAUUGGGUUAGGCCAAUCACAGCCACAGGGUUGCCUUUUUUA